CUGCGGUUCAGACCGGCGCCUGCAAUGGACAACUCCAGUGGGUCGUCGGUCUGUCUAUUCCGGUGAAGGUGUCCAACCGCUCGGUUGGGAUGCUCCUGCAGUUCCAAGGGCUGUACGCGCAUCCGUCAAACAUAAGCGAGAUAUCGCAACACUUCCCUCUGAAUGUUGGCCGUGCUGCCAUCUAUGCAGUUUUCACUUCGAUAAUGAACGCGUUAGGCACCAACGGUCACGCGUGCCUGCUGAGGGCUGUCUGCGAGGCGGCCGAAACGCCGCUGCUGCACAACGGACUGUUUGGGGAGGUGGCGCACCUGUUGCUGACGCCAAGCGACGGCGACGCCGGUCUGGCAGAGCACGUGCUGGCCCGGGAGGCGGGCAUGGGCGGCAGCGGGGGCGGCGGAGGCGGAGGGUGUCGGCGGCGGUACGCGGCCUGCCCCAGGGGUCGCGGCCUGCUCGACGCCGUCUCCACCCUGUCCGUGGACUCACAGCACUGGGAUCGCUGA